UGCAUCAUUCACAUUCAUUCAUUAAAACCCGACGUUCGUCGCCGCUGAGGUCAGUUGGUAGUACAUGUCGUGCGAUCGUGCUAUGCGGUUAUAUUAAUCGGCUUAAAUAACAGUUAUUCGUUAUGUGCUAUCUGAUAUAAGAAUUAAGUGAUAAAAGAAAAAUACAAAUGAAAUCACUAGGAUGACAGAAAAGACAGUGGUUAAGUUCGAGGAGGCUGAGAGGAGAAAGGGCGUCAUAAUAGGGACAGUUGGCUUGACUUGUGCCGUGCUAGGAUGGCUGGCGCGAAAUACUCCAGCUCUUGUCGGCGCUGUUGGCCUAGUAGCUACAUAUUUGAUGACAGGCGACAGAUACCAGUGGAUCUACAUUUGGAAGAAAACCUGUAAAAGGGACUGGCUCGGUUUUCGAGUUCUUUUAAAAACAAUAGUGAGGAUAUGGAUCUGGGAGCGCAACGGUACCACGGUGGUCAGCAGGUGGGCAGAGAUUGCCAAGAAGUCGCCCAACAAGAAGGCUUUCGUUAUGGGCGACAGAUCUUUGACUUUCCGCGAGGGCGAUGAAUUCAGCAACCGUAUAGCGUGGUACUUUAAAAGGCAAGGAUUCAAGAACGGUGAAGUGAUAGCUCUGUUUAUGGAGACUCAGCCAGAGUACGUGUUCGUGUGGUUGGGUCUUGCCAAGCUGAGGGUCACCACGGCUCUCAUCAACACAAACCUUCGGGGAGCACAGCUGAUACACUGUUUGAGAAUAGCUGGAUGCAAGGCUGUCAUAUUCGGGAUGAGAUGGUCGAAGGUGAGUGAUUAUGCUAUUACAGAGAUACAACAUGAAAUCAGAGACAUACCUCUCUUCCAAUAUAACUCACCGGAGCGCAGCACAAGCUCAGUACUGCAGGAUACGGCGCCUCUCGCCUCCGAGCUGAAGGAAAUGUCCUCAGAACCCUUCCAGGACGCAGUGCAAGCGAAACCGAGGGACACAUUGUUGUAUAUUUACACGAGCGGGACCACUGGGUUCCCAAAAGCUGCUAUUAUUACUAAUAUCAGAUAUCUGCUGAUCCCACUAGGAGUGUAUAACUCGGCGCAGCUAAAUUCGAGCGACGUGAUAUACGACCCGUUGCCAUUACACCACACAGCUGGUGGGGUGCUGGGGGCUGGACAGGCGGUGAUACUCGGGUGUACAGUGGCACUGAGGAAGAAGUUCUCCGCCUCAAACUACUGGAGCGACGCUGCGAAGCAUGGAUGCACGGCUGCCCAAUAUAUAGGCGAGAUUUGCCGCUACCUCCUAGCUGUACCUCCUGGUCCGAAUGACCGGGCGCACAGGGUAAAAGUAAUGGUGGGGAAUGGACUAAGGCCGCAUAUUUGGGAGGAGUUCAUACAAAGGUUCAACAUACAGAGGGUAAUGGAGUUUUAUGGAGCCACCGAGGGAAAUAGUAAUCUCGUGAACUUGGACUCGAAGGUCGGUGCCAUUGGCUUCCUGAGUCGAUUGGUGUCAUCAAUUUACCCACUCAUUCUAGUCAAAUGUGAUGAAAUUACCGGAGAUAUUUACAGAGACAGCAAUGGAAGAUGCAUAAGCUGUGGUCCGCACGAACCAGGCGUACUCUUAGGAAAAAUAGACGCAAAGAAAGCAAUCCUAACGUUCUCCGGAUACGCAGACAAGACUGCGUCCGAGAAGAAGAUGGUGAGAAACGUGAAGGAGGAAGGCGACUGCUACUUCAACACUGGUGAUAUACUGGUCAUGGAUCACUAUGGCUAUUUUUACUUCAAAGACCGCACUGGUGAUACGUUCAGAUGGCGUGGCGAAAAUGUGUCUACAGCGGAGGUGGAGGGUGUGAUCAGUUCUAUAGUGGGCUUGAAGGAUUCCGUUGUUUAUGGUGUUGCGAUACCAAACGUGGAAGGCAAAGCUGGGAUGGUAGCUAUCGCUGAUCCUGAGAAGAAAUUAAACUUAACAGCUCUAGCGAAAGGUCUAAGAUCGUCAUUGCCCGCCUACGCUAGGCCGCUGUUCGUCAGAAUACUACCUGAACCACCAUUGACAGCGACCUUCAAGUUGAGGAAGAAGGAAUUAGUUGAACAAAGCUUCAACAUAACUCUUUUCGAUGAUCCCACCUACUUUUUAGACCAAAAGACAAUGGAGUACGUUCCAUUGACUCAAAAAUUAUAUGACGAUAUCAACCAGGGUGUUGUCAGGCUGUGAUGGAAUUAUUAGUGGUGAUGGAGAUUGUUCCAAAUUGUAUAAUAUUAAAUCGAGCGUUUUUAAGAGGUGACCUGAUCCUGUUUUUAGGUAAUUAAUUAUUAUAAACUGUGACCCCACUUAGAUAGAGUUGACAGUAGCACUAGAGAAUUUCUGUUGGAAAAGAGCUUAUGUUGUAGGUACCUACUCUCUUAUUUUUUUAUUUUAUUUCAAUUAGAUUGUAGUCUGGAAUAAUCAACUAGAAUCCAGAGACGAAAUAUUAAAAAAAAAAUCCACGUUCACAGAUAAUACUUUCCUUAUCAUAUAGAAGGUACUAGGAUAACAGAAGCUUAUUGAGGAUGGUUCGUUCAUUUGAAAUAAAAAUUGAAAUUUAAUCUGGAAUUUUGUUUUCUCUAUACUCUGUUUUAUUUGUUUACUUACAAUUUGAUUACUUUUGUGUUUUAUGUGCAUUCCGAAUUUAUUGAAAGCGUAGUUUUACAGAAAAGAAGGAUAAUAAGCUGUACUUGUCUUUAUUACACCAUAAAUAGUUACAUUUGGAAAAAAAAAAACAUAAAUAGAAGUAUUUAAACGAACUUAGGUAUGUACGUAUGUAAACAUGAAUUAAAAAUACUUUGUACAAAAAUCAACAUUUAAACAUGAAAUAAUAGCAAAGAGUGGGGUUUAGAUAAAUAUAUAGUAUAUAAGUAAUAUAUUAUUUAAUUUUAGAGAACCAUGUGAUAUUAUUUACUUGAAUGUCUGUAAUUUUUUUGGUAAAUAAAAUAUGGAUUUAUAUAAAAA